CCUGAAAACAUCAAAUUUGUUAAUUAAUGUUAAGUUUGUAUGUACUUUGUGGGGUGGCCAGACUAGUAAUUAACCAUUAAUUAAUAGAGACGGCGAGACCUGGGGCAAAUUAAAUUAGCAAAUUAAAGGCUAAUUGCCGACCUAAUUGUCAAGCUUCCAAGUCAAUAAAAAUAUUUUGUGACAAUUGAACGAAUUUCUCACGUCGCCCCUCCCACGGCGUAGUCCAAAAAAGUCAAUCUUCGUCAUCACUCAACUCGCCAUAUAAAAUUGCCAGAUUUUUUUCUUGAAAGUUUAUUUUUGAAAAAAUACAGUUUUAUCAAAAUAACUGUUAAUUAAAAUUUUUAUAUGAUACUGAAAUGAACUUGUUAUUCUUGUGUUUCUGCAUUUAUUUCGUUUGAAAGACUGAUUUAUUGUUCAGUGUUGUUCUGUUUACACUGUUAAAUUAUUAAAGUAAAAGGAAGGAGUGAAGGCUGAAAUUUCAAAUUAAAAAAGUAGGACGUAGACAAUUUGGCAUUAACAACUUGUUAAUAACAAGUGCCAUUGUUAGACUUUAACCUUGUGGAUUUCGUAGCAGCCUAUUAUUAGCAGAAGUAAGGAAGCAAUCAGAUUGACGAUGGAACCCAGUAAUAAUAAUCCCCCUUGCGCGUCCCACUCUACUUCAAACCAUAAUGGAAACCGCAGUGAUAAUGGCGACAGUUUGCUGCGCAAUGAAGCAGGACCCAUCUACACGUCGUCAUCAUCUAUCUCACAAGCAGCGAUUAACCGUAUCAUAGAAGACGUAACAGGUCAAAAUGGACAAGUUUCUAUCGUCUCCGAGUCCGAAAUCCCUCACAUAAUAUUGCCAGACGUUCGUUUGAAUGGGGGUCCGGCUGGUCUCCCGAUUCCUGCUGGGGGCGGUGAUAACCAAGAAGUUGCUCCGAGAGAUUCGCCUCCUAUUGUGCUUGUAGAUCCUAACGAAGACAGUAAACGAUACUGUUGGGUCUGUUUUGCAACGGACGAAGAUGAUGAAACUGCUCAGUGGGUUAAACCAUGUAGAUGUCGAGGGACAACGAAAUGGGUGCACCAAGCCUGUAUCCAGAGAUGGAUUGAUGAAAAACAAAAGGGAAAUACCGCAGCAAAAGUUUUAUGUCCUCAGUGUAACACGGAAUAUUUCAUUUUUUAUCCCCCACAAGGAUCACUUGUGGUAAUUAUGGACUCUUGCGACGCCCUUAUCUCCCGUGUUUGCCCAUUUGUUGCUGCUGGUAUUGUAGUUGGUUCUAUUUACUGGACGGCUGUAACGUACGGGGCAAUAACGUGCAUGCAAAUUAUGGGUCAUAAAGAAGGUCUGACCGUAAUGGAAAUGGCCGAUCCGCUCCUUCUCCUGUUUGGACUACCUUGUAUUCCUGUGAUUCUGAUCUUGGGCAAAAUGAUUCGUUGGGAGGAUUCUGUCUUGCGAUUUAUUCGGAAACAUUCUAGAAAGAUACCUAUUUUUCGACACAUUUUGCCAUCCAUACAUCCCCCCACAUCUAUUGAAAGGCUAAGUCAAGAAUUGCCUCCUCUCUCCGACCCAGUCUCAGCAACGAGAAUUUUGUGUGGUGCUUUACUCCUUCCUACUUUUGCUUCAGUGUUUGGAAAAGUCCUAUUCGAAAAUGUUAAAUCAAAUUUUCGACGAGCUUUAUUGGGUGGCGUCGCUUUCGUCGCAUUUAAAGGCAUUUUGAGAAUAUACCACAAGCAACAACAACACGUCCGCCAGUCGAAACGAAAAAUUAAGGAUUUCAAUGAAGAACGCAUUCGUGAAAGUGAACAAAAUCGAAACGCCACAAAUACUCCUGGUUCCUCUCCAAGACCUAGAUAUUAAUCAGGAGGGAAACUAAUACACCUUGUAACGAAUAUAAUACAUAAUAGUUUAGAAUCAUUAUUGAUUUUUCACUACCAGUAUAAAUUAACAUAUUCAUCAGUUUUUAUGGUUCAUUGUGUUACAAUGAAAAUUUGAAUUAGGUCAGGUCUCUUCUUACACCUCAUCUACCAUUUGCUUAGAUGUACAGUAAAACAUAACGCACUCUUGUAAAAAAAAAAUGAAAAAUCUGGAUUAUGUCUAUAGACUGAGCGUGAACUUGAAGUCUACAACUUGAUUACAUAAAUGCUGUGUAGAGAAUUCUUCUAUAGUUAUUUAUUGUUAAUGCGAUAUGUAUCAUAUCACAGAUCCGGUUUACCAAUUAAAGGACUAGACAAUAUACUUGUAGCCUAUUUAUUGGUUCUUAAUGAUUAAAAAUGUCUAAUGCCUUGAUAUUGAUUAA